ACCAUCCGAGUACCUGCGGAUCACGUGCGAAUCGCGUCGCGCUGUGCUUAUGCUGUGGUGCAGUGCAACUGGUGCAGUUUCCUGAUCCGGAAGAAAGUGUCUCCCGUGUGUGCGGUUGUGUCCUUAUAGUUAUAAGCGUUAACCAAGCUGGUAGUAUAACAUUGGAAUUGCUUUUUGCUUUUGUGGCUUGAUCAGUGACGAGACCAUCCAACAGGUGACUAGUGAUCUGGAUGUGCAUGGCAGCAGCAGUGUUCGCUUAAGGGUAUUCUACCCCAUUCCCGUGUGGCCUGUAAGGCAGCUUGAAAACAUUAUGUGAUUGCAUGCUACCCCCUCGGUGAUCCUCUGCGCUAUACAAGUGCACAAGUCGAUCGAGUGUUCGGUAACAGGUGCUCCUUCGAGCAACGGUGUUGUGUUGUUUCCGGACAGAGAAGGCCCUCUGGACCGAUCGUAGAAUAAAGGAGCGCUUAAUUGCAAGCAACAAUCCUCGUGGGCCGCAAAAUGAAGUCGUACGUGCUGCUGAUAUGCCUGCAUGCUUUCGCAACGGCCGUGAUAGCACAACAGGCCAGUGAUGGCUCCGUAGUAGCACCAGCACAGCCUCCUCCACCACCGACAGCACCACUCACAACGGUAACAACCGCGAAAAACACGCUUCCACUGGCCUCAACGCCAGCUUCUUCUUCUUCUGGUGUGAGGGAGUCGACGGUGCCCGGCGAUGACGACAACGAUGCUGAUGACGACAACGUUGCAGCUGCCACCGCCGCCAGCCUUACGAACGAAACGGAAAUAAUCGACCUCAACCAGGUGGCGCUGGACAACGGAUCGUCGUCCCACGGACCAUCGACGGUACCGGUGGAACCGAGCGCCAACAACACCACCACCACAAGUACCACGACUACGACCACGGUACUAGCCAGUACGAGCACCAGUACCGAGGGUGGCCCGAUCGACAACAAAACCAUGACACCGGAAGAGAUCCAGAAGCUGCUGCUACCGCCGGCCACCGUAGAGGCGGACAUUCUGCACGUCAACGUAACGGAGGACAUGCAUCCACACGCAAAGUCUGGCAAGGACUCCGAUUGCCCCACCUUGGAGGGUGCUGAUCACCUCUCGCAGACGCAGCUACUGACGAGACUUACGCACGUUUGUCGCUACGAUCGACUGGAGCGGCCAAAGAGAGAGUCACUAAAUGGUACCAACCGGCCGGUCAAGGUGUACGCCCGAGCCUACAUCUACUUUAUGCAGAAUUUGGAAGCUCACGAUCUGCAAUUCAAAAUCCACGCACUGCUGCAGUUCCGCUAUGUCGAUCCCCGUUUGGUAUUCAAGGAGGUGGCCCCGAACCGGACGAAACCGAUCAUGGGCGAACAGUCGCUGCGCGAUCUGCUCUGGGUGCCGCACGUGUUUCUCGCGAAUGAGCGCAGCUCGGACAUUCUCGGUACGGCCGAGAAGGACAUCCUCACUUCGAUCUCGCCCGACGGAACGGUGAUCGUGUCGACGCGCAUCAGCGCCACGCUCUACUGCUGGAUGAACCUGCAAAAGUUCCCGUUCGAUGAGCAACAUUGCUCCACCGUACUGGAGAGUUGGAUGUACAACGAGGACGAUCUGGUGUUGCUGUGGGAGCACAAAUCGCCCGUAACGCUCGCCCCGGAGCUACACCUGACGGAGUAUGUGCUGCUGGAGAUGUUCACGAACGAAUCGGUUAUCAACGCGGACCUGAGCGAUCUUCGUCAUGGUGCUUUUGCCGGUAACUACAGUUCGCUGAGCUUCACCGUUCAUUUGGCGCGCGAGAUGGGCUUCUAUAUGAUGGACUACUUCAUACCGUCGAUCAUGCUGGUCUGCAUCUCGUGGGUCACGUUCUGGCUGCAGGCGGACCAAUCGGCCCCGCGCAUCACGCUCGGUACGAGCACCAUGUUGACGUUCAUUACGCUGGCGUCGGCCCAGGGCAAGACGCUACCGAAAGUGAGCUACAUCAAAGCGUCGGAGAUAUGGUUCCUCGGCUGCACCGGUUUCAUCUUUGGCAGUCUGGUCGAGUUCGCCUUCGUCAACACGAUCUGGCGCCGGAAGCGUAACGUUGAGGUGAAGAAGGUGAACACGAAGCACGUGUUGGUGGGAGCGAUCACACCCCGGCCCGCCCGGAAGGACAUGAGCGGACUACACAAAUCACACUCCUGCACCAGCCUGGCCGAUUCCACGACGAGUGCCUCGAACAACUCCUUCAACAACUAUCUCACCGUGCACGCCUUCCCACAGAACAACAGCAGCAACACGUUGCCAGUGAUCAUGACGACCGACGCUGAUAAGGCGUCGGAUGCGAAAACAAACGGAAACAUCGCGAUACAGGUCGACGAUCAGUCGAACGGUGCCAACAACGGUGGAAACACCGAGAACAGCGGAUGGACUACUAUGACACCGCAGGAAAUCGCGAUCUACAUCGAUAAGCGAUCGCGCCUGGUCUUCCCGGUGGCGUUCGCGGUCUUCAACGUAUUCUACUGGACUUUUGUGUACUACGUCUAGGGCGGGUCGCGCCGUACGUUACACGCUUCAACAAAAUGACGCCUAGCCAAGGGCAAAUACAUGCAAUGGCUGUGGCCAGUUCGUUAACUAAAAAACAACAGAAAAACACGGUGGUCAUCUCACGAAUGCAGCAGUGAGGUGUGGUGCACUCGAUGCCAUUUUUGAGGUGCGAGUGAUGCUCUGCCACAGAAACCUACUUACCGAAGAUUACACCUCCUAGUGAAGUAUUAAUUUAUUGAUCGAUGUCUGUAAGAUAAACUGUGCAUAUUACGUUAAUCGAAUAAAUGCUAAAGAUAC